AUGAUACUAAAAUCGGAGGAUAAUGAGUAUGAAAUAUCAUCUCGUAUUGUUCAUCAAGUUGGCAAUGUACAACUGUCAAUCCAAAAUUAUUAUAUUUCAUGGUAUAACUUAUUCGACAAGGAAAUUAGAGUUAGACUUUGUCCACUUUAUCACCAACAAGAAGAGGAUUCUAUCGUUCCAACCGAUGAAGUGUGUUUGCAUUUGGGUUGUCACUCAUUUACAGAAAGACAAUUGUUAGAGGUGAAGGAAUCGGAAUUAAUUGAAGAAAGGAGAGGCUAUUUGUGUUACUUAUUGCAAGUAAUAUUUGAGGAUGGAAAUCAUGUUGCUUCUUCUUCUGUUAAAAUAGAUCAAUCCUACCUCAUGGAUACAUUAGAAAAGUUUCCUACAGAGUUUGAGGCUUUUUGUAAAUGGCUCAUUGUUAACAAGUUGAAGAGAACAAGAGCCUAUUUGAAGGAAGAUCGUUAUAUUAUUGUAAAUGGAAGAUAUGAAAUGUGCUUUCACUUAAUACAUGGAGGAAGAUUAAGUAAUCCACUCAACAAUACUUCGAACGAAAGUAAUGAAAGAAAUCAACUGUGGAUUGGGAAAGAUUUUAAAAACAAGUGUAAGGUAGUUAUGAAAUUUGGAAUCAGAACUGAAAAUGAGUUUGAAAAUCUACAAAAAAUCAAACAUAGUCAUAUUAUUCAAACUUUAGAUCAUUAUCCCUCUAAUGAAAUACAGGAAAAUGCUUUUGUUACUUUUCUAUAUAAGGGGCUCAAUUUGAGACAACUUAUUGAAUCAAAGGAUAAUAACCUCACAUUUAAAGAAAUUAGAGAAAUUGUAUCGCAAAUUGUUGAUGCCAUUGCUUAUCUUCAUGAUAUGGGAAUAGUUCACAAAGACAUCAAACAUGAAAAUAUUCUUAUUGAGGAAAAUUUGGACAAGAUUUGGCUUGUAGAUUUUGAUGAGAAUUCGUAUUCAGGUGGUUGUACAAUUUUUUUAAAUCAACCUCCAGAAAAAGUAUUAUCCAUGAAAGCAGAUAUUUGGGCAUUAGGGGUACUUGUCUACCAAUUAAUAACAAAAGAUCUGGAGACUAAUAUUCAAAAAGAUUUUCUCAGUGGACGCAUACAGAUUGGACAUCAUAUUGACAUUCUAAUUGAACAAUCAAAUGAUACUAAUCUCCAAACGUUAGCGAAGAUUGUAAGAACGUGUUUACAAGAAAAACAAUCAAGACCCACAAUAUAUGGGAUUUAUGAAAUAUUGUAUGAAGAAGAACUUGAAUUAUUGGAAGACAUAGAAUUUGAAAGUGAUAUUGAUGAAGAAAUAGAUUUAUCAGAAAUUGAUAGGGAUGAUUUGAUAUCUCAACUAUCUACUAAUGGAAUGAAAUUGAGAUAUAUUCCUUAUUCAAACCAAGACAUGGAAAUGGUAACAGCAGCUGUCAACUGUAAUUGUAAUGCACUGGAGUUUACCUCACCUUUAUUGAAAGAGUCAGAUGAUUUCAUUGAUAGCAUCCAAAUACCUCCAGAGUGUGUAAAGUUGUUAGGAGUUGAUAAGCAAAUACGAAUCAUUAAGAAAGAACCAUCCCUCUUCCAUAGUUAUAGACAACUAGUUCUACAAGCUGUAAAGCACGACAGCUCACUUUUUCAUCAUUUAACAGAAGAAUUGAAGAGUGACUCUGAUAUUUUUAUUGUAGCCAUCGAGAAUGGAUUGGAAAACUAUGAGCAAUACUUGAAAUAUCAUGCAUCUUCCAAAAGUGUGGCAUUGGUUGUGGUCGAAUUAUAUCCCUCUCAACGAGAGCACUUUAUUUACGAUGUUUUUGAGGAAAUUUAUAAGGAUCAUUUGGAUGCAAUUAACAAAAACCCAUUAGAAUUGAGAAAAGCACCAAAACCCUUAAAGUCUUAUUCUGAUUUUGUAAUACAGAUAGCUAAAAAGCAAAUAGGCGUUCUAGAGUUUGCUUCUGAUAUUCUAAAAUCAGAUAGAAAUUCAUUUUAG